GCUGUAAUUGACACUUGGGACGAUUUUCAACGGCUGACCACACAGGUGCGCCCGGACAUUUGUGCGUAAUUUGCGGCCGGCGGGAGAAUGCGUGUUUACCGUGCGAGCGCGCGGCGUUCGGCGUUCGAGGCAGAGACGCGCGUGAGCCGCGGGAUGUGCGCGCGGCUCACGCACUGACGGCCGUGCAACUGGGGCAUGCAUUCACUUUAACACAGCGGACCAACAAGCUGCUGUAGUCUGUGGCACAGUCGCCACCAGGAUACAACGACGGCUCGGUGGGGUUUGUUUUUUUUUUCCCCCCUCCGUGCGGGAGCGUUGGAUUAGCGGAGCUGCGGGAGGAGGAGGAGGAGGAGGAGGAAGAGGAGGAGGAGGAGGGUUUGAAGGAAGAUUUCAGUUUGAAGGAGAGGAGAAAUCACAGAUGUGAAGAAGCAGGUGCGUUACGAGAUUUUGCAGCUGGUUUUGUUUUUUUGUUGGGUUUUUUAUCCCCCUUUCUUUUCGUGCGAUCCGAUGUUCGGCCGGAGCCCGUCAGAUGCAGCCUCUACCUGACAGAUGUGCGGCUCCACAACUGCAGCCUACAGACGGCUGAGUGAUAUGGUGUCUGCUAGGAUUAUGAUAGCAUCUGGCUGCUCUGUUCCAAACCACACCAAUAUGAUGGCAAUCACAGUCAGUCUGCUUCCGAGACAGCUCACAGGCUCCUGUGCGUUUUCUCCCCCUCACUACACUUUAUAAGUAAACAUACUCGCCAGGAGCUGCAGGCCACUAAUGGGGCUCCAGCACAGAGCUGAGAGUGUCCCCUGUCUACCUGCUGCCGCUGUGGAGGACUGAGGCUACUACGGCUGCAGUUCUCAUCAUCAUCACCACCACCACCACCAUCAUCUGCCACUUCAAACACAGCCAAACUCGAGAGGACAGAGGCUGCUUCUGGCUGAUCAAAGCGCCAACAGUCACCUGUAGACGAUGACUCCAGCAGAGCAGCGUGCCUGAGAGCAGCAUGAGAUAAUUGAGAACCACCACACUUAUCGCUGAGUCUUGCUUUUUCCGUUCGCCGCUGAUGAAAAUGUUCCAGUGUGCCAGUUGACUGGCAGGGUUGCAGAGCUGUUUCAAGCCCACGAGCGCAGACGCCGCAGAGAGAGAUGGCUCGUCCAGGAUCAGGGCUGCUGGCGCCCGUCAACGGGCUGGGGUACCCUCCUCAGAACCUGGCCCGGGUGGUGGUCUGGGAGUGGCUGAACGAACACGGGCGCUGGAGGCCCUACACCGCAGCUGUUUGCCACCAUAUCGAGAACGUACUGAAGGGGGACGCCCGGGGAAGUGUGGUGCUGGGGCAGGUGGAUGGCCAGCUCUCCCCUUACAUCAUCGACCUGCAGUCCAUGCACCAGUUCCGACAGGACACAGGCACCAUGAGACCUGUGCAGAGGAACUUCUAUGAGCCGUCGUCUGCCCCGGGGAAAGGCGUGGUGUGGGAGUGGGAGAACGACAACGGCUCGUGGACGCCGUACGACAUGGAGAUCUGCGUGACCAUCCAGAACGCCUACGAGAAGCAGCACCCCUGGCUCGACCUGACCUCUCUGGGCUUCUGCUACCUCAUCGACUUCAACAGCAUGUGUCAGACCAACCGGCAGAGCCAGCGCAAGAGACGCCUGCGGAGACGCAUGGACCUGGCCUACCCGCUCAUCAUGGGAUCGAUCCCUAAGUCGCAGUCCUGGCCCGUGGGGGCCAGCUCCGGCCAGCCCUGCUCCUGCCAGCAGUGCAUCCUGGUCAACAGCACGAGAGCCGCCUCAAACGCUAUUCUAGCCUCUCAGCGCCGUAAGCUCUACGGAGGGACAGCGGGUAACACGGGCGCCACGGGAACCCUCAGCGUGGUGCGACAGAGCAACACCUUUGCUGGAACCUCCCUCUGGUCUCCGACAUCCGCCUCCUCCGGCACCAACAACAAUAACAUAAGUGUGGGAGGUGGGCAAGCCAAAGCUGAACAGGUGCAGUUGCCACUGUCCACUGCCAACUUCCCCUGUUCCCCCGUGAUGCCAUCUCUUUCAUCCGCCCAUGGCCACCACGCUCUCACCAUCAAUGGACAGAACAACCUGAACCGGCCCGGCACCCAGCGCAUUUCCAUGGGCAGUGCCAGAGGAGCCAUCCCACCAGGGGUUCCUGCCCUCCCGGUGAAGAACCUGACUGGAUCUGGACCGGUGCACCCAGCACUAGCAGGCAUGACAGGUAUCCUGAUGUGCGCUGCAGGUCUGCCGGUUUGCCUGACUCGGGCCCCAAAGCCCAUACUGCACCCGCCACCCAUCAACAAGAGCGACAUGAAGCCUGUGCCAGGGAUCAAUGGCAUGCGCCGCAAAACCAAGAAGAAGCACCUGAGGAGAGGCAAAAACCCAGAGGAUGUGGUGCGGCGCUACACAGAGAAGAUUAAAGUGUUGCCAGAUGAGGACUGUACCAUCUGCAUGGAGAGGCUGGUCAUGUCAUCGGGAUAUGAAGGCAUCCUGCAGCACAAAGGCAUCAAGCCAGAGCUGGUGGGCAAACUUGGCAAGUGCGGGCACAUGUACCAUCUGCUGUGCCUGGUGGCCAUGUACAACAAUGGCAAUAAGGAUGGCAGUCUUCAGUGUCCCACAUGCAAAACCAUCUACGGGGAGAAAACGGGCACGCAGCCUCCUGGGAAGAUGGAGUAUCACGUCAUCCCCCACUGCCUGCCCGGUUACCCAGACUCCAAGACCAUCCGCAUCGUGUAUGACAUUCCUGCCGGGAUCCAGACCAACGAGCACCCCAACCCGGGGAAGAAGUUCAGUGCGAGAGGGUUCCCUCGACACUGCUACCUCCCUGACAAUGACAAAGGCAGGAAGGUCCUGAAGCUGCUGAUCAUGGCCUGGGACCGACGUCUCAUCUUCACCAUCGGCACGUCCAGCACCACGGGCGAGUCGGACACAGUGGUGUGGAACGAGAUUCACCACAAGACAGAAUUCGGCUCCAACCUGACAGGCCACGGCUACCCCGACCCCAACUACCUGGACAAUGUCCUGACAGAGCUGUCAGCCCAGGGAGUCGGAGAGGACAACCUAAAGGACUGAUGGCCGGCUGAGCUGGUACACAGGAACAUUACCCACCAUGCCCCGUUUUCUCCCAGAGAAUAGGGACACUGCAUGACGGGUCAACAUGCAGCUGACAACUCUUUACUCCCCACAAACGAAAAAUACCCUGCAGAAGUGGUGGCACAAGAGCAAAAGGAAGCUAAAUAAACGCUGUGGUUAUGAUCAAUAUUUUGAUCCAUUGUAUAACCUGAGAUCUCCCCCCUGCUGUCUCUUGAUUCAUGCAGAUUUUCUCAGAGGGCUGAAGAAUGUAAAGGCAAGGUGACAUUUCUGUCUUGAUGUCAAUAGCUGCAGGUAAAUGUUGUUUAACCCCUUUUAGAUCGAAACCCGAAGCUGUUCCUCUGCAAGGGGCCCAAACUAUACAAAAGGCAUAUUUGUAAAUGCUGAACUCCAGAAUGCAUGGCCCGGACUAACGCUGCAUAAUGAAUGCUGGGCGAAUAUCUGCAAUAGGGUGAGGCGUCGAUAGAUCUGUUGUUGCUUGAUUUUGUGAAGAGAAAUUUAAGAGAAUUUUUGCAGUCUGAAUUUAUCCAGAUCCAUUAUUUGCUCCCGCCCCUUUUCCUCUAAUAAAUAUUGAUGUCCUGUGACAAGUGGUGAAACUUGGUUUUGUGAUUUGAGGGGAAGGAUUGUGGCUGUUAGAGUUGCACGGGGCACCUCAGAUUGUUUCUGAUUCUGACAUGAGGGGCCAGUUGUUGUGUAAAAUGAAAAGUGUUCUGUAUUGCAUUCCAGAGAGCUAAAGGCUAUGAAAUAUUAGUGUCUGGUGAUAAACGUAUGUUGUAUGGUUAACCUUGCAGCCUGUCUAUGAGAGGAGACGUGAAAUACAUGAAACGAGCAUCUUACCAGUCAGUUUGAUGCUUGUUACGAGGUUUGAAGCGGGCCUUUGCCGCACGCCAAGGUUAAACUCAUUUGUUUUGUUGACACACUGAUGACGCUGACCUCUGUGAAUAUAAAGCCUGCAUUAUAUUUCUCCCUGUUGGAGAGGACCCAGGCGUCGGCGCGAUCCAUCAUGCUGACCAUACUGGAGGGGCGAGUGUGUGAUCGUGUGCACGGAGGCUUUAAUAUGCUGGCUGGAGGUCCUUGAGGAGAAAAGCUGAAGGGGCUCCUCGCAGAUGGACGUCCCCUCUUUCAAACCCCCAACAGUUUCCCCUCGAGAUGCAUCCUGAGCAGCGCUUCUGCUCGCCUGCCAUCUACAAGUCUCUGGUGGGCCUGUUUGCUGCGGGGUGGCGCACUGGGCUCCACUGUUUGUACAGCGAGAAGUGAAACAACUCAUCCCCCCGUGCGAGUCGCUCGAUCCUGACGUACGGCCUCGCCCCCACUUUCCUCCUCCUCCUCCUCCUCCUCCUCCUCGGCAGCAGAGCUCAGAGCCUCAUUCGAGGAGGAAGCGCGCUAAUGUUGGUCUGCAGUUGGCUGGGGACUAUUUUUUUUCCCGCGCUCUCCUCUCUCCCUUUCAGAUAUUAUGCCUGCGAGCUGGAGACCUUCUGAAGGUCCUUGGUGGAGAUCUUGUGAUGUUUCUUUAAUCUGAGAUAAAAGAUCACCCAGCGCUGCAUAAUUCUCCAUAAAUAUAUCUGAUCAAUUUUAAUGAGCGGGGUUGUUGUUGAUGUAGGGUUUUAUCGUGCGGGCACCCGGCUGUGAGCUUAAUUUCGGAGUGAAUCAUAGUCUUCCAUAGCACUUUGAGGCAACAGUUUUGUUCAAUCGGUUGUUUGAUUUUUAGGAAAAUGUCUUAAAAUAUGUCCUUUUUUAAGUUGUUGUUUAUAAACCGGCUUGCGAUGCUUUGAAAAAUAUAUAUAAUAUACAUUUGCAGAUGUGAUAUACCUUUAAAUUCAAGCUCAGUUUGAGUCGAUGGUGUAAGUUUAAUUUAUUUUUAUACUCUUCUAUAUAGAGAAUCUAAAGAUAUCGAGUGGCCCACAUAUCUAUACACAGGCACAUGUUAACAUGAAUACAUAAAAUCUGGCAAAGGUGAAUUUGUCAGUAUGUCAGGGACUGUUGAAAUAUGUACGACAUGUUAUGGACGUCUUAUAUUACAAGUAGUCUUAGCGUAUGCUGCUGUCGUGACCUUCAUGUAGAAUCUGUGUAGUUGAUCCUCUGUGGGACCCCCAAUAAAUACGGUAAAUGUGUCUCUACUAUUGGUCGGGGAGCUUUAGCAGCAUGAAGAUGACACCCCCCCCCCCCAAAAAAAAAAUGGGCCAUUUCUCUUUUUCUACUUGUCCUGAACAUGGGAAUGGAUGCAGUCAGCAAUCAUUGAAAGAAGAUGAAAACAGUGCGCCUGGGUUAAAUUGAAGCUACAGAUCAUUCUUGGAGUUUGUUUUAGCCGAGUCAAGCAACAGAUUGGUUGGAUUGACCGCAGUCAGUUGUCAUAUUCGGUACACAGAAUACAAAAGGCCCUGUAAACCUGUUCAAUCAGUUAUUUUCCAUGUCCUAACCCGACCCCUGGCUAGGUCCUACAUAAACACAAUUCAGUUUUCUCCCAAAGUUAGCGCAUUUCGCUCAGCCUUGCUUUAAAUUUUCCAAAAAAACUCUUUUGGGCCAGAUGAGCCUGGCAAGCACUCUAACUAGGCUGAAUAGGUGCCAUCUUUGCAUUUGAUAUCUAGCCUUUCUUAUAGUGUUGCUAGCUAGCUUAGGCUAAACUUCGAUUUAUGCUAAUAUAAACACCAAUAUUUCAUGUUAGAGACUUUGAUCCAGGUUUUCAGGGGCUUUUCUGUACUCUGUGUUUAAAACUCCAACUCUCUGUCACCUUCACAAGCUAAAACAGACCUCUGAAAGUGUUUGUAGUCGAGACUCUGAUGCAGGCCUGGAAUUGUUUUGGCUUGUUCCAUCUCAAGUUUUCUUCUUCACAACCUUUUUGACUCCCUUUAUGAAACAUCAGCAAGAGAGAAUGCUUCCAGUCUAUCAGGGAAUUUUGUCCACAUUGAGUGAAGUCUCAUUAACCAGAGAAAUCCAAAUGUUCGCUUCUUCUUCUUCAACUUUUCCUUUCCAUGUGACGGCCUUGUAGUGUGAGCGACGCAGGCCCUUUAGACUUUUCAGGUGUGUACAGACUUCUACGGGAACGAUGAAUAGAACAUGGUUUGGUAUUUUGUCUGUUUAAGAGAGAGAGAUUGGUGUUUAUGCAAUUUACUAUUUUAAGAUCUGAUACAUGAUUUAAAUGUGUAGCAAGGAGGCGGAUUUUUCUUGGUUUUCAAUGACAAUGGAUGUUUUUCUUUAUGGGGUGCCUACCUCCAGGUUUCUAAACAAAAGGGGGUCGCGAUCCGAGGACGUUCACACGCUAUAUAUUAGAAAACAUAUAUUUUUGAUGUCCUUUUUUUGAAUGAUGAUUGUCUCUAAAAGAACUAUAACAUAACAUUGCUGUAUUACUCUUGUUAAGCCUCGUUCCAUACUCUUUUCCAUUUGAUAAAAAGUGGGAUGAAACCACUUUGUCCUGACAUAACGAAGUAUUUACCUUUGUACUCUCUCGUAUCGUCAACUGCAAAACUGUACUCCUCUCUCUGAACGAUACCUUAACAUUUUGUGUUGAUAAUGCCAGUGUGUUUGUAUCUGUUUGUCCGUGCGAGCGCGUGUGAAUGUGCGCCGAGCCAGCGUCCAGUAAGCGAGUCUUAGGUUCAUGUCCUUUACAGCUACAGUAAUGUUCUCCCAGAGGUGCAUGUCAACCGAACUGUGAGCACAUUUAAUAACUUUUUUCUUUUUUUUUUUUUGCGUCUGAAAACAUCAUGGCUUCUUUAGAGAUGUCACCCGAGUCUUUCUGGUGAUUUAGCACUGUGGUUUUGCGUCUUACUCCGGUUAGUUAGACAGGUGUUUUCCUCUAUCAGGUUUGAUUUCUGCAGAUGGGGGGACGAGGCAGCGUUUGGCUGCCCUCCUCACUUCUCUUUUUGACAUGUGAAACAUUCGAAUGUUUUGCAUUUUUUAAGUGCCCAUUUUUAAUUGACACUUUUCAAAUCAUGAUUUCCGUGGUUUGAUUUCUCUUUGGCAGUGUCCACGUGUUGCUAUUUGAAAUGGUUCAAAACUGCUGAGAUAAACUAAAAGCAAGACAUCGAGAGACAUUGAUUAAACUAUAAAGGGCUUCUUAAUCUAUCGGUCUUUAUUGAAUUGUGAUGAUCUUGUUGCAUGUUUGUGUGUUUCUUGUGGAAAAAUAAAUGUGCCCUCGACAGGGGUAGUUUGUUUGA